CGAAAGGGAAUUUUUGCUUUGUGGGGGCAACAAUAUUUCCCAUGUUUUCUCAAUAGACAUCUGCAAAAUCGCCAUUGAAUUGUGAGCUGCAGUGAGUCAGUGGGAAUUGGAGAAGGUGCACACGAUGGAAGUGUCUCUGGUGGUGGGCUUGUUUCUGCUCUGCGGAUCGCUUUUGGUGGAGGUUGCUGGUAGGGAGCGGGAGCCUAAACAGCUGCAAGAUCACGAGUUGCAUAGGAUACUGAAGAGUAGUGACACGGAGCACUUCAGCCGCGUGCUGGGCGAAAUAUGCAUUCCUCGCGUCGUGGGCUCCGCCGGACAUGAGAAAGUGCGGAAUUUUAUGAUUCAGGAGCUGCAAGACCUGGGCUGGAGCGUCUCGACGGACUCCUUCGAGGACGCAACGCCCAACAUGGGCGUUCUGACAUUCCACAACAUCAUCGCGACGCCACACAAUGCGUCCAAGUACAUCGUUUUGGCCGCGCACUACGAUAGCAAGUAUUUCCGGGACUUUGACUUCCUGGGCGCCACAGACUCAGCCGUGCCGUGCGCCAUGAUCAUUAACCUGGCGCACACGCUGCAUCAGGAGCUGCAGGAGACGCCGCGACACGAUGUCGGCCUGAUGGUGGUCUUCUUUGACGGCGAGGAGGCGUUCGAGACGUGGUCUGACAAGGAUUCCAUCUACGGGGCGCGCCACUUGGCCAAACGUUGGGAGAGGGAGGGCUUCCUGCCGCGCAUCGAAGUGCUGGUGCUGCUGGACCUGCUGGGCGCUCCCGAUCCCAAUUUCUACAGCUACUUCACCACCACCGAGCGUCAGUACAAUCACCUGAUGAUGGGCGAGCGCCGUCUCCUGCGCACGGGGAUGCUCGACAACUACAGCUACAGCUCCGUGGCGGACAAGAAGCCGGCCAAGUACUUCCAGCCCUACACUUGGGCAGCCAACAUCGAAGACGACCACAUUCCCUUCCUGCGCCGCGGCGUCCCCAUUCUGCACGUCAUCCCCAGCCCCUUCCCGCACGUGUGGCACAAGGCCACGGACGACCUGGCGGCCGUGGACUUGGUGGCCGUGGAGAACCUCAACCGCAUCCUCAGGCUCUUCAUCGUGGAGCAGCUGCAUCUGAACCUGGCCUGAAGGACGUACCGCUCGACUGGGCCUGGGAACUCGAGACAGGGUUGGUUUGUUGACUGUGAAUGUUGUGUAUUUUCCUUGAUCAUUUGACGUGGCUCAUCCGUGAUCGACGUCCGGUGUGUUCAGGUGCUAUCCGAGAGAUUUUAUUAGCAUUCGACGUAGAUUGGAAGAACGUGUUACAGGUCCUGCUCGCAAUUCUUUGCGCACAGCGUCACUUUCCGACAACAUUUUGGGCAUACAAUGCAAAUCCCCAAUAUUGUAUGUGUAUAUAUGUAAUGAGGUGUAUUAUUUUGAGGAUGAUAACUUAAUUUCAUGGUUGGUGCUCCAUAAAUGAUCAUUUUUUGAAGAAAUGACCCUCGGAAUUGAGGUGGAAAAAGCUCUCAUAUUUCGAGCGGAUAUCUUUUUACUGUUUUUACAAUUUGUUGAUAUUUUGUGUUGAAUUUAAUAAACUGUACCAUAUUGUGAUUUUUUCAAUAGAAAGUAUGAAAUAAACAUUCCACCAUAUAUAUAUAUAUAUA